AUGGCAGAACCAAACGAGGUAAAUACCGCGAGAAGUUUCACAACAUAUCAAGUGACACCUCCGUCGAAAUUUAGCUUUAAAUCCUCGGAGUGGACCCGAUGGAUUCGUCGCUUUGAGCGAUUCAGAAUUGCGACAGAACUCGACAAGAAAGAGGAAGCCAAACAAGUCAACGCGCUUAUAUAUUAUACUAUGGGCGACGAGGCAGAUGACAUAAUAACAUCGUUUGGUCUCAGCGAACAAGAAAUGAAAAGCUACGAAACAGUUCGAGACAAGUUUGAAAAUCACUUCAUCGCCAAACGAAACGUUAUUUUUGAAAGAGCAAAGUUCAACGUUCGAAUUCCAGACGAAAACGAACCUGUCGAAAGUUUUAUUACCGACCUGCACUGUCUUGCUAAGUAUUGCGAAUUUGGCGUAUUAAAGGAUCAGCUAAUAAGAGAUCGCAUCGUCGUCGGACUGAGAAAUAAAAAGUUGUCUGAGAAAUUACAAUUAGAUCCAGAUCUUACUUUAGCGGAAGUAGCGAGCAUAAUAUUGACAACAUUUCUAAGAAUAGAAAACAACCCUCGCGGGAUUCGCGCGAAAAAAAUUUUAACGACAGAAAAUACGGCAAAAUGGACGGCAAACCCAAAUGUAUGCGGUGUCUCGGACCAGCGCACUCCAGGCAAUUCUGCCCAGCAAGUGAGUCCAUCUGUAAUAACUGUUCAAAGAAAGGACAUUGGGCAAAAGCAUGUCGAAGCCAAGCAAGCCAACAACUUCGCAAGAAACAAGUUAACGAACUAACUUCCCGCCAAGAAACCGAGGAGGAAAGUUCGUCUGAGGAAGAUGUCUACUUUUUGGGCGAAGUCGUACACCUUGAUACUAUCAAUAAAUCUGGCAAUAAACCGUGGACUGCAGACAUAAAGGUAAAUUAAACGAAACAAAUAUUUUAUUCAAAAUCGACAGCGGCGCUGACGUCACAGUGAUACCUUUAACAGUAUAUCAACAACGAAAACUACAGUCAACACUCAAGUCGACUGGCAAAGUUCUUAUGGGCCCGUGCAAUUACAAAAUGAACUGUAUAGGAACAUUCACUUCACAGCUGCGACACGAGGACAAGACAACUACAGAAGAAAUAUUCGUCGUUAAAGGACUCAAAAGAUCAUUAUUAUAUAGGAAGACAAGCAGCCCACAAUCUGAAUUUACUCAACUGUGUCGACGCUCUAAACAGCAACGAAAUGAAAGAAAGCGUCAAAGAAAAGUAUCCCAAUCUUUUCACUGGUCUAGGACAAAUUAAAGACCAAGAGUAUGAUAUUAAAGUCACGCGCGAAGCAACACCUUUUGCAAUCACGGUUCCACGACAAGUUCCGAUACCACUUCGAAAAAAAACCGAACGGGAAUUACAAAGAAUGGAACGCAACGGAGUAAUAUCUCGAGUUGAAGAUCCAACCGAAUGGUGCGCCCCGAUGGUUGUAACGCCAAAAAGCAAUGGAAAAGUUCGAGUAUGCGUAGAUCUCACAAAGCUUAAUCAGUUCGUGCAACGUGAAAACCAUCCCCUACCAACAACCGACACGACAUUUGCAAACCUUGCCGGAGCUCGGUAUUUCACAAAGUUAGACGCCAACUCUGGAUUUUGGCAAAUCAAGCUCUUGGAAAAAUCAAAACCUCUAACAACGUUCAUAACACACUGGGGACGGUACUGUUUCAACGUUCUUCCUUUCGGAAUAAGUUCAGAGUCUGAAAGUUUCAGAAAUGUAUGUGCCAAAUUCUCGAAGGUUUGGAUGGUGUCGAUUGCAACAUCGAUGAUGUUCUAGUUCACGGUGCAACACAAGAAGAACACGACCGAAGAUUGGAAGCGGUUCUCCAACGACUCGAUAACGCCAACGUCACGCUAAAUGCCGAAAAGUGUGUUUUUAACGUCUCGAGUGUGAAAUUCCUAGGUCAGAUCGUGGGAGCCGAUGGCAUCAAACCCGAUCCAGAGAAAAUACAAGCGAUUCUCGAAAUGCCACACCCAACCAACCUACAUGAAGUCCGUUCCUUUCUUGGAAUGGUAAACCAAUUUAGCAAAUUUACCACCAAUCUUGCUGACCUGACAAAGCCCAUCCGAGAACUGCCAGUUAAGAACACUGCGUGGACAUGGGGACCACCACAACAAGACGCUUUUGACAAAUUCAAGAAAGCCCUGACAUCAGCACCGAUACUAACCUUGUACGACCCCAACAAAGCAACCAAAAUAGCAGCCGACGCAUCAUCAUACGGCCUUGGAGCGGUGGUGCUGCAAGAAGAAGAACCAGACACCUGGAAACCUGUAUCAUUCAUUUCAAGAUCGAUGACAACAACCGAGGCUAGGUAUGCCCAGAUAGAGAAAGAAGCUCUAGCGGUAACUUGGGCAUGUGAACGGUCAAGCAAUUACAUAAUUGGAAAACCAAUAACAAUUGAAACUGACCACAAACUACUGGUACAUUUAUUAACCAACCAUACCAUCGACAAGUUACCUCCAAGACUACAGCGCUACAAGAUGAGACUAAUGAGAUUCCACAUCAAAGAUGUUCGACACGUACCUUGGAAAACUACACUACACAGCCGACACUCUGUCCAGGAAGAUACCUGA